CACACGUGCUGCCGCUCAGGCCCUGGCUCCGCCCCCGCACACGUGCUGUCACUCAGGCCCCGCCUCCCGCCGUGCACACGUGCUGCCACUCAGCCCCAGGCCCCGCCCCCGGCCUCCUGCUCCGCCCCCGCACAUGUGCUGUCACUCACUCGGGGCCCCCGCCCGCGCACUUGUGCUGUCACUCAGCCCGCGUUGUGUCCGAGCAGGAGGCUGCCUGCCGGACGCUCGGCCCCCGCUCCGCCGGCCCAUGGACGCCGCACUCCUCGUCGCCCUCGGGCUGCUGGCCCAGAGCCUGGGCCUGUCAUUGGGGGUCCCUGGGCAGAGGAGGCCCAGUACCCUGUACCCCUGGCACCGGGCACCUGCCCCAGGCCGUGUACGAAGAGCCUGGGUUAUCCCCCCCAUCAGUGUAUCCGAGAACCACAAGCGUCUUCCGUACCCCCUGGUGCAGAUCAAGUCCGACAAGCAGCCAUUGGGCAGCGUCAUCUACAGCAUCCAGGGCCCCGGUGUGGACGAGGAGCCCCAGGGCGUGUUUUCCAUUGACAAGUUCACCGGGAAGGUGUUCCUGAAUGCCAUGCUGGACCGGGAGAAGACAGACCGCUUCAGGCUAAGGGCCUUUGCUCUGGACCUGGGAGGAGCCACCCUGGAGGAGCCCACGGACCUGGAGAUCGUGGUUGUGGAUCAGAAUGACAACCGGCCCGUCUUCAGGCAGGAGGCGUUCAGCGGCCGGGUGCUGGAGGGAGCAGUGCCAGGCACCUACGUGACCAGGGCCGAAGCCACAGACGCUGAUGACCCAGAAACAGACAACGCGGCCCUGCGGUACUCCAUUCUGGAGCAGGACGGCCCCCAGCUCUUCAGCAUCGAUGAGCACACGGGGGACAUACGCACCGUGCAAGUGGGUCUGGACCGCGAGGUGGUCGCCGUGUACAAUCUGACCCUGCAGGUGGCAGACAUGUCUGGAGAUGGGCUCACCGCCACGGCCUCAGCCAUCAUCACCCUUGAGGAUGUCAAUGACAACGCCCCUGGGUUCACCAGGGACGAGUUCUUCAUGGAGGCCACGGAGGCUGUCAGCGGAGUGGACGUGGGGCGGCUUCAGGUGGAGGACAGGGACCUGCCGGGCUCCCCAAACUGGGCAGCCAGGUUCACCAUCCUGGAGGGCGACCCCAAGGGACAGUUCGCUAUCCGCACAGACCCCAAGACCAACGAGGGCGUGCUGUCUGUGGUGAAGCCCCUGGACUACGAGAGCUGUGAGCAGUACAACCUGAGAGUCGCAGUGCAGAACGAGGCCCCCCUGCAGGCGGCCGCCCCCAGGGCCGAGCGGGGCCAGGCCAGGGUCAGCGUACGGGUGCAGGACGUCAACGAGGCGCCCGUGUUCCAGGAGAACCCACUGCGGAUCAGCCUGCCUGAGGGGGUGCCCCCGGGAACCCCCGUGGCCACCUUCUCUGCCCAAGACCCUGACACACAGCGGCUGCAGAGGCUCAGCUACUCUAAGGAUUAUGACCCAGAUGACUGGCUGCGGGUGGACAGAGCCACGGGUCAGAUCCAGACCCAGCGAGUGCUCAGCCCAGCCUCGCCCUUCCUUAAGGAUGGCUGGUACAGGGCCAUCAUCCUGGCCUACGACGAUGCCUCCCCACCCAGCACGGCCACCGGGACCCUGUCCAUUGAGAUCCUGGAGGUCAAUGACCACGCCCCGGAGCUGUCCCCGCCAUCUGGUAGCGUGUGCAGCAAGCCAGAUCAGGGUUCUGGCCUUCUCCUGGGGGCCACAGAUGCGGACCUGCCCCCCCAUGGGGCUCCCUUCCACUUUCAGCUGAGUCCCCGUGUCCCAGAGCUGACCCGGAACUGGAGUGUCAGCCAGGUUAACGUGAGCCACGCGCGCCUGCGUCUCCGGCACCAGGUCCGGGAGGGUCUACACCGCCUCAGCCUGCUGCUCCGAGACUCCGGGCAGCCGCCCCAGCAGCGCGAGCAGCCCCUGAACGUGACGGUGUGUCGCUGCGGCCCGGAUGGCGCCUGUCUGCCGGGGGCCGCUGCCCGGAGGGCAGGAGGCGUGGGCGUCAGCCUGGGCGCCCUGGUCAUCGUGCUGGCCAGCAUCAUCCUGCUGCUCUUGCUCGCCCUGCCGGUCGCCCUCGUCACGCGGUCCCGGCGGCAGUCAGGGGACAAAGGGUUUCUGCACGGGCUGCAGGACGAUCUCCGGGACAACAUCCUGAACUAUGAUGAGCAGGGGGGCGGGGAGGAGGACCAGGAUGCUUACGACAUCAACCAGCUGCGCCACCCAACAGAGCUGGCGGCCUUGUGCGCUCCCCUGGGACGGCCGCCACUGCGCCGAGAUGCCCCGUUCGGCCGAGUGCGCCCCCAGCCACCCCGCAUGCUGCCCACCAGCCCCGCUGACAUCGCUGACUUCAUCAAUGAUGGCUUGGAGGUGGCAGACAGCGACCCCAGUGUCCCGCCCUAUGACACAGCUCUCAUCUACGACUACGAGGGGGAUGGUUCUGUGGCAGGGACGCUGAGCUCCAUCCUGUCCAGCCUGGGGGACGAGGACCAGGACUACAGCUGCCUGCGGGACUGGGGCCCCCGCUUCGCCCGGCUGGCUGACCUGUACGGGCCCCCGUGAGGGUCGGAAAAGGGCCAGGGAAGGGUGGGGGGCUUUCUGAUGCGGACCCGUGUGCCCUGCUCGCGGUACAACCACCAGACACGGAGGGCAGACGUCUUUCCGAGGACAGGCAGCCUGGCCUCCAGGCCCGGCUGACCUCUGU